UGCAGGGGCCUGUUAUUCCGGAUCCUCUGGACCCUGUUCUGAAGCGCCCAGUGGAUCCUGGUCCUGACGAUGUGGGUUAACUUGCUGUCCGGCAGGAUUCAGAGCAGCAGAGACAGACAGACAGAGGGACAGACGGACAGACAGACAGACAGACAGACAGACCGCUAGCUCCACCUCACCCUCCGUCUAACCCCGCCCCUCGUCCGGGCGGCUCCGUCGCAGAAUGAAAUGACCGAGAGAUGGAAGCAGGAGGAGUCGAGGAGAACCGAGAUGGAGAGAGGAGGAGACUGCCGAAACUGAAGAACCCUGUUAAGAUAUGGAAGAACCGCAGACAGCAGAACCACACCCACACUGCAGAGGAUGAGUUGGACUGUGAGGAGGCUGUGCAGCAGGGUCAGCAGGAGAAGGAUGAGCAGUUAGAGGAGGUCAGCAGGAGGCUGAUCAUCAGAGAAGAGCAGCUGUUCAGACAGGACUCCCCCAGUGAGGAGGAGGAGGACCGGCUUCAGCAAGACUUCGAGGCUCUCAGGCUGCAGAUAUGGAUGGCUGUCCACAACACCUUCACCACCUCCCCCUCAGAGCAGCUGGAGGUCCUGAGGAGUGCUGUAGCCUCCAUUCAGCUGCAGGAGGCGCAGGACCAGCGCUGGAUGGGGUGUCUGGAGGGCCGAGUCCCAGUGUGGCGUCCUCAGAGGUGUCUCAGCACUCACAAUGCUCUGCUGCAGAACAUGGUGGAGUCCAGACUGACGAAGGCCACAGAGGACGACUUGUGUGGAACUGAUGGUCUGUCCUCACCUCUGAAAAGGAAGGUGUGUUGCAUGGGGAACCGUGUGAAGGAAGACAUGCUGACGGUGGUGAGGACGGUGAAGGACUGUUACCCUCCGCAGAUGGACAUCCUGAACCUUUACGCCGGACUCUACCACCAGAGUUUCUCUGCUCGGCUGACUGAACUCGCUGCUUCUGGACCGGAAACAGACGACUGCAGCUACCUGCUGUUCUGGAUCAACCACUGCUAUCCAGAUGAAAUAUUAAACCACGAAGAUCUGGGGGGAAAGAUAAAGACAGCCUGUCUGGGUUCUCUGCUGCUGCAGGACCAUCUGAACCGACUGGAGGACCAGUACCUGACCCACAAAGAGGACAAAGUGAAGCUGUGGCUGAACACAGCCCUGAAGAAAGAAGAGGAGAGCUGGCUGAGCGGCCGCAAACCCGAACUUAUUGACCAAUACUGCUUCAGCCCACUGGCUAUAGAUGUCAUACGGAUUAUAGACAGCUCCCUUACUGAGUUUAGGUGUGUGAUCAGAGACCAGACAAAAGCUCAGAGGAUCACAGCUCACCUGGAGAGUUUCCUCAGCAGCUACAAGAAGAGUGUGGAGGAGUUUGUGAAGGGAAACCACAGUAACGUCCGCUCAGUGAUCAAAGCUCACCUGGUCUGUCAGCAGCAGUUCAGGGAUUACAUCAUCCGUCAGACAGGAAGUCUGUCGGAGCAGCGGAGACAUCGCUGUCUGGACGCUCUGUCUGCCCUGUGGGAUUGUGGGUACAGGUGCUUCAUCUGUCCUAUUCACAUCCAGCUGAAGGUGUGUCUCAGUCAACUGUGGACAUCUGUCUGGUUGGACGGGUCACUUCCUGUCGUUGACUCUCUGCUGGAUUUUCUGAACCGAGAACUGACAGACCUGAGUGACCUGAAACCAGCCUGCAGACAGUCCCUGCUGUGUGCCCUCCAUCAGGAUGUAGUUCUUCAGUACGUGAAGAGGAUGAUGAAGAAUAAGAUGAGGAGCAGAGAGCAACAAGUGGGCGGAGCAAAGCAGAUGGUCGAUGACGCCCAAAAGAUCAAUGAGUUCUUCAGUGAGGGGGGCUGCAGUGAGUCUUUGUGGCUGGGUGAAAUGCUCUGCAGCUUGGCUGAGAUCCUCCGUCUGCAGGAUCCUGGAAGUCUUCAGCUGGAGAUGGUCAGCAUGGCCAGAAUGUUUCCCGAUCUCAGUGACGCUCACGUGUCGGCGCUGCUCUCUCUGAAAACCGGCCUAUCAGCAGCUGACAUUCGUUCCAUUAGGCGGAGCGUGGAGGAGAACCGCCUCCUUGAUGUCUCCACCAACCGUAGCCCUCCGUUUUUCUCCAAGGUCAAAGUUAAAUGGAUCAAUAAUAAGAUCAAUCAGAUGGGGCUGAAGACCUGAAUUGUUUGUCGUAGUUAGCGUUCAGUAAACAGUAUUAUGUGUGUAUUAUACUUGUAUUUAUCACAGUGUGUACUCAGAUUAUUGCAGAGCUCUGAAAAUGGAAGUUUGUUGCUGAUGGUUCCAGGCGGCCAUGUUGAAGCACAGACAGCUAAAGGAACAGUUAGCAGAAGGCUUCAGACCUCUCAGAACGUUGGAACGAAACCUGGUUCACUGUUCAGUCAGCUGUGGUGUUCUUCAGGGUUCAGUGCUGGAUCCCCUUCAGUUCCUGUAGUAAACACCUUUUCUUUUAGUAGUACUACUUUGAAUUGUUUUAUGUCCAGUAUAAAUCUGCAUGUGUUGGCUCCAGCUGCUGUUUAUUCUGAUAAAAACUAAAUAAAAUAACUGCUGGUUUUAAUGUCCAUUUAUGUACACAGAUGUAGACUUUAUUCUGGGAUGUGUUGUAGUAUUUUGCCAACGAUUUGUUUAUAUUUUAGAUUUCCUCUUCUCUUUUUAAUCCAUUUUGUCAUUUUGGUCAUGUCAUGUUCUGCUCAGAUUCUCGAUGAACAGAAUCAAGCUUUGCUCAGAUCGUUACGAGACUGAUAUUCACUGUUUGCUGUUGAACUAAAGAUGAUGUUUGAUCAUCUGGAAUAAACAGAAACUCGUC